GUGCAGUGUGUGAAACGACUCUUUCCCCACGAUGGCUGCUGUGCAGGACAGAUCUCCCUGGCGCAACUCUACUUUCGUCCUGCCCCCAUCCUACUCAUACGGCGGAAGUAUGUCGCGAUCUGUUCGAGGAAGGCCCAAUCCCAACUGGAGCCCGCGAAAGAUACCUGAACCAGGUGUCCUCGAGGCUCUUCCUCCGGAUCGCGAGAUAUCUGAAGGGCUCAAGGACGAUGUGAUUGCCAAGAUCGAGGUUCCUCAGGUUGAAGCAGACGACGAGAACGUAUCCGUCAAGGAUUGCCAGUAUAUCGGUUCCUACAGUUGGACCGACCGAGAGACCCCGACUAUCAUCGUUCCAGGGGCACCACCUCAAUGGCAGAAUCGAAGCGCGCCUUACAAUGUGCAACCGGAUCGCGGUGUUUUCUUUGUGGAUCAAAACGGAUAUCGUAUGGGCGCAGCACCUCUGGUCCCCCUCAUCGCCGCGGUGAACGCGCGUGCCGAAGCCACCCCUCAGCUUGAAUUCGAUUGGUAUGAAGUGGAUUUCGUCACCGACCGGAACGCCUUGAGGAAACUUGUCCGUUGGGUCAAGGACCAGAAUCCCAAGGAUUUCCGCAUUGAUUUGGAACUGGCCGGGGAGAGGACUGUUCUUAUGAAUCGCUGGGAGAAGCGCACGCGUGAACAUUUCAACGGGCGGACCUUUGGAUUCAACUUUGAGAAGGCAUCGACAUUGCCUGUACCCGAUUGUCGCGAGGGAACUGGCCACCAUAGGAUUGUAUCUUAUGACCUGAAUGGCCUGAAGAUGGUCGUUCGCUUUGAAGUGGAUGCCUGCAUCCCUCCACCACGAAGCUACUCUCGACGUAGCGUUGCUACUGUCGACGAGAUUACUGCUUCCCUGGCUAAUGUCGACCUCUCCAAGCGACCGACUCCGGCUUGCGAGAAACGCUUUCAAGUCAAUGUCAUCAAGGGCGGCUACGAAGUCUCUCCGUCCGCCAUCAUGGAACUAUCGACUCGCUCCGAGUACAAGCAACAUGAAUACGACUUCAAGGAACUCUACCCCCAACUUUUCUUUUCUCAAACUACCCAUCACGUUCUCGCUGUCCAUAACCGAGGGCGAUUUUCGGCUAUCCAUAGACGCAAAUUAUCAUCCCCCGAGCUUCAGCAAGUGGACAUUGAACUUCAACCCAGUCUCAAAGCCGUACGGAAGGCAUUGAAAGUGAUCCAGGACCUCGUCAUCGAGCAUGGACAACGGGGAAGGCUGAGCCUUGUUUGCAAGGAUGGCGUCCUCAGGGUCUACGAGCGUACUAGCGUGGAGAGUUGCCUUCCCGAUCACUUAAUGGAACUCUUCGAGAAUCCAGGUCUUUAGAACACCAUCCAGCUCCUUUACACCGCUCCGGGAUGAUCUGUCCUGAUCCCUUGGGCGUGUCCUGGUCUUCGAUUGUCCUGUUUUGAUCGCGCUCACGAUUGUUCGUUUAUGUCGCCUACAAGUACUUCGAUAAAUUCCUCUUCAGUACCGUGAUGACAGCGCACUGUUUUCUAUAUGAAUUUAGCCUUGUUCUGGGAUCCCCAAUUCAGCAGUCCUUUGGCU